CGGACCGGUUUGCUGCUGGCUCUUUCAAACCGGGCGGGCUUUGUCAAAUAGGACCAAAUAAAAUUGGUUCGUAAGAAAAAAUAUUAAAACAAAAAACGAGGCCCACAAACACUGUUGGGCCCUCCUAAAGAAGUCCAACAAGUUUUGAAUUUCAAAAGUUUCCACUUCCCUCUUUCUCUCUCCACUCUCGCCGGAAAGAAAAAAAAAAAAAAAAACUCUCAGAACAAAUAUCUAAUCUCUCCUCUUUCGAUUCCAAAACCGAUCCCAUGAGCUCCUUAUCAUCAUCACCCACCUCCCUCCACGACCCGCUCUUCCCCUGGCUUCUGAAGAUUCGAAAAUCGACGGAAGAUGUAUGCUCCGGUAGAACUUCCGGCGAAGAUCUCGACGAGCUUCUCUACGAGUGUAUCUCAACUUACAAGGAAGAUCCUCGGUACCGAAACGACGUCAGAUUCCUCAAGAUCUGCUUUCUCUACCUUGAGGGGAGUGAAGAUUUCGAGAGUGUUUAUAAAGAAGUAGAAGAGAACGAGAUAUGCAUAGGGCACUCGUUGCUCUACGAAUGGUAUGCUACUUUCCUCGAGCUCAAAGGGUUAUGGAUAAGAGCUCAUUUGGUUUAUCAGACUGGUCUUUCUAGGGAAGCUCAACCGUUUGAUAGGUUAAAAGAGGCUCACUCUUUCUUCUUGCAACGAAUCUCUAAACGGACUAAACCAUCUUCUCUUGUUAAGGUUGGUGAGACGCUUUUUGUUAACCCCUGGGAAACCUCCACUGUGGACGGUUUGAUUCUCAAGAUUAAACCCCAGCUUGUCAAAUAUGAUGGUUACUAUGCAACCAACAAAGCCUUCCCCUCCAAAGCCAACUUGUCUUUUUUGCAGAACUUUUCAAGAAAUAAGAUCAUUGACAUAGGUGGAAGGAAGUACCAGAUCAAGGGAUGUGCUGGUCAAGGUGGUUUUGCUCAAGUGUUCAAAGCAUGUAUUGACUCCAAUCCUGAUGAAAUUGUUGCUCUCAAGGUACAAAAGCCACCUUUCCCUUUGGAAUUCCACAUGUAUCGCCAGCUUGACCGCAGGAUCCCCGAGAACCAAAGAUCAAGUUUUGGAUUGGCUCAGAGAGUGCACAUGUAUUCAGACUGCAGUAUACUUGUGUGCGAUUAUCUAUCACAUGGGACACUCCAGGACGUCAUAAACUCGUAUGUCGUUGUUGGCAAGUCCAUGGAAGAAGUUUUGUGCAUGUAUUACACAAUUGAGAUGCUGUACAUGCUGGAAACUCUGCACAGUGUUGGAAUCAUUCAUGGUGAUUUCAAGCCAGACAAUCUGCUCAUCCAAUACCCUCCGAAAAAUCUGACCGAGACAGGCUUUCAUGAAAAAACAGGCUCUUGGAGCAAUCAGGGUCUGUGUCUUGUGGACUGGGGUAGAGGAAUAGACUUGAGCCUGUUUCCUAGCACCACCCAGUUUACAGGAGAUUGUCGUACGUCAGGUUUCCGUUGCACAGAGAUGAAGGAGAACAAACCUUGGAAGUUUCAGGUGGACACUUAUGGACUCUGCGUAAUCGUACAUAUGAUGCUGCACAACACAUACAUGGAGAUCGAUAAAAAACAAUCUCUGGACGGUGGACACGUAAAUAUGCCAAGAACUUCCUUCAAAAGAUACUGGAACGUGGAUCUGUGGAAGGAACUAUUCACGAAGCUGCUCAACAGUGAGACGUGUGAAGACGACACUGAGACACUGAUGAGUCUGAGAAAGUCGAUGGAAGCGUAUAUAUGCUCUGAUCCUAAGCUCAUGGACAAGCUUAACGAGUUACUCGCCAAACAACGCGUCUCUUUAUGUUCUUCGUAAUUAUAAAGAGUCUCUGUAAAGUCUGUCUGUGUGUGAAAAAAAGAAAGAAAGAAAGAAAGAAGGAAACCUUUUUAGACACUCUGCUUGCCUCUAUCUCAGUGAUGCGCAAUAUGUUAGUUUGACAAAUUUAUGUAUUUCCACUGGUCC